AGCUGAAUACCUGCUUGCCGUUGUUGUUGUUGUUCCUUAUGGAUACUUGUUGCUCUACAAUGGCAGCCAUGGCGGACGCUACCACGGUGCGGAAGCCGCGGGUGCGCGCUCUGCGUUGGCUGGCGGGGAUUGUAAUACGUUACUCCCAGAUCAUGAGUGGAAUCUGCUAUACUGCAGGUUUGAUCACGGUGUUUCUUUUGCCGGUGUUGUCAAAGCCAACCUAUAUCUCGGAGAAUGCGCUUAUGCCAGGAUCGGCUAAUUCUGUUUUUACCCCCAAAAGCGCCACGGAUGCCAGAUUAAUAGCUGAGGAACUUCACAACAUGGUGGCUGAAAGUAGCGAUGGAUAUAUGGCAGUUCGAAAAUGGGCAAUCAACCGUAUGUCAGCAAUUGGUGCAGAUUUUUAUCUACACACUUUUACCCAUCGAGAAAAGCCUUUCACAUCUAUGCGUUUCUUCUCAAGCCCACAGCAGAUGCCACGAAACUGGAACUCCACUAGGGAUGGGGAUCUGGGAGUGAAUACUGUGGGCAUCAUCAAAGCCCCAAGAGCAGAAGGAAAUGAAGCAGUAGUGCUGGUGACCCCUUUCACCUUAGAUGGAGGAAAACUAUCCUCUGCUGAUAAACUGACCUUGUCGUUUGGAAUGGCAUUAUUUGAGCUCUACGGCAGUGCAAAUUGGUUGGCCAGAGAUGUUAUUUGGGUCUUGGCAGAUGCUCGCUGUGAUUCUCACACUGCAGUAGCUGCAUGGCUUGAAGAAUAUCAUGAACCCAAGCUUCAUUUUUUAAGCGCGGCUGAGCUUGCCCAUCUGUAUGGACAAAUCACUGACGGGAUGGGCGAUGCAUCUGUACUGGAAUUCAAGCGUGCGGGCUUCAUAUCAGCUGGUUUGGUUUUUCAAGUGUCGGCAGGGAACAGAGGACAAGUUGAUUCUAUCAAAGUUUCUGCCGAAGGGCCCAAUGGGCAGAUGCCAAACUUGGAUCUCAUCAAUAUUAUUAAUACAUUAGCUCAAUGGAGGCGCCUGAAUAUUCAUUUGGACGACAUCAUAGGUGUGCGAGAAUCAGCUUUACUUCGUGGACUUGGUGGAGUAAUUGAAAAUAUAGGCUACAUUGCAGGGAAAGUGCAUGGGGACUGGGGCUUUGUCAUGAGUGCUUCCUCGUAUGUGGAAAGCUUUGCGACUCUCUGCGCAUCUUUCUUAAAUCAGGCGAUUGGACGGUCAACUGGUGCUCAUGGGGCAUUUAGGGAUUACCAAAUUGAUGCAGUGACACUGAACAUGUUUGCGGGUGGUGAUUUGGAGAGUUCGAGUUAUCAGAUCGAUUUGUUUACCAGAUAUGGCAGGCUUGUGGAGGGAGUCAUGCGCUCGGUGAACAACUUGCUGGAGAAGUUUCACCAAUCCUUUUUUCUGUAUCUUCUUUGUAGUCCAAGCAAGUUUGUAUCGGUGGGCCUGUACAUGAUUCCUCUUGGCCUUCUUCUUAUUACACUUCCUCUUGGGGCAGCAGCUCUCAACUCUGCUUUAAAUAAAGCAGAUGAAAUUGGUCCAACGUCGGACUCUCAAGUUCUGAAUCCACAUUCUACCAACGCAAGCAUUCCAAAAAGUACUACAACCAAGGUUGUGGGAGAGUCGAAGGAAAAUGCAGGUCGAUGGCGACGCGCGAUUUUGGUUGUGAGUGUUGUCCAAUUGUUGGCAUUUGUUAUUGCGCUUUUACCACCUAUAGUGUCGUCGUUUGUGGAUAUACUUGAGACGAGUUUAGCCUCUUCAACUACCAGUACUCCAGUUGGUGGAUUCACUUCAGCGAGCUUGAGAAUGUUGUUAUGGGCAGUUGUGGCUCUUGUAAGCCCCUUUGUGGCAUUAAGUUUUCUUCCUAGUGCCGAACCGGGAGAUUGGAUGGCUGUCAAAGCUUUGGUGCUAGGGAUAUCCACUAUAGGUCUAGUUGUAAUGUCCCAGGUUGACUUUGCUGUGUCUCUGAUUGGAGCUGUAGUGCUCGUACCAACAUGUCUCUGCACUUCACCAAUGAGAGAUAUUUGGGGAAGUUCUACAAAAGCCCAGCAGAAAGAACAAAGUUUCUUAGGACGUAUUUCUUUGUUUUUAGGAAUCAUAGUCACUAUUUUGGGGUCACCACCUGUUCUCCUUGCGGCUGUCGCUGCGUUCCUCUUAGAUAACUCCCAUUGGAUAGUCAGUUUUGAGAGACUCUGGGAAUGGACAGAAUUGCUGUGGUCCGGAGGUAGUGCACUUUACAUCUUUAUUAUGAUCGUGUAUCUUCCCUCUUCCUAUCUUUCUAUUUAUAUUUUGUUCUCUUAGACGUCAAUCUGAAAUCUUAUUAGGACAUUUAGAAUCAUGGUCUAUAGUACGACCCUUGUAACAUGCAGAGAAUCAAGCAUUUUAAUCACAGAUCAAUUUCACCUAU